AUGCGGGAGGUGGACCUGCAGCCCACCGUCAUCAGCUACAGCGCUGGGAUCAGUGCGUGUGAGAAAGGUGCGCAAUGGCAGCGAGCUCUGUUAGUGCUCAGCGAGAUGUGUGAGGCGGAGCUUGAGCGCAACGUCAUCAGCUACAACGCUGGGAUCAGCGCUUGUGAGAAAGGCGAGCAGUGGCAGCCGGCCCUGUCGCUGCUGAGAGAGAUGUGGGAGACGAGAUUGGAGCCCACCGACACCCUGGCUCAGCUACAGCGCCGGGAUCAGCGCGUGCGAGAAGGGCGGCCAGUGGCAGCGUGCCCUGUCGCUGCUUCACGAGAUGUGUGA